AUGGCUACUUUGCUUGCUGGAAAUAUCGUCUACGGAGGACCAAUUACCUGCACUGAAACACAUUCGUACAAAUCUUUAGGCCAUUUUGUGCUCGAGAAAUAUAAGAGUUUUGGUAAUCAAACGGUUAUAAUUGAUGCAGUUACUGGGCAGGAGUAUACAGCUAAAUAUAUGUAUGACUCUAUUGUUCGUAUGGCCUAUGUGUUACAACAUUUGGGCGUAAAAAAUGGAGAUGUUGUGGGAUUAUCGAGUGAAAAUAACGUUCGUUUUGCCAUUACCUUAUUUGCUUCAUUCGUGGUGAAUGCUACAGUGGCGCCCUUAAACGUAACCUACACGGAGCGUGAAGUACAUCACGCCAUCAAUCUAUCUAAGCCAAAGGUUAUAUUUGUUUCAAAUUUAACGGCAGAUCUCAUAGCAAAGGUGGCAAAAAAGAACAGCUUCGUAAAAACAGUUAUUACAUUUGGUACUCGUAGUUCAGAUGAUAAAAUUUUAAAUUUCGAUGACCUUAUGAACAGCAAGGAAAUUAUAUCAGACGAGUACUUUGAAACGCCUGUCGCAAACAAAGAGGAUGAUGUUGCGUUGAUAGUAUGUUCUUCAGGUACUACUGGACUCCCAAAAGGCGUGCAACUAACACAGUACAACAUUCUUACCACACUUGAUGCACAGUUUGAGUCAACCGCUAUUCCUAUGGGCGAGACCACAUUACUAACAGUGAUUCCUUGGUUUCACGCAUUUGGUUGUCUUACACUAAUUACAACAUCGGUUUUGAGAGCAACUCUAGUGUAUCUGCCGAAAUUUGAGGAAAAUCUUUUUCUCGGAGCAAUUGAGAAAUAUCGCAUAUUGAUGGCAUUCAUGGUGCCGCCAUUAAUGGUCUUCUUAGCAAAACACCCACUUGUGGAUAAAUACGAUCUAUCAUCGUUGAUGAUUUUGGUUUGUGGCGCGGCACCACUUAGCAAGGAAACUGAGGAUCAGAUAAAAAAGCGCAUUGGCAUACCCGUUAUUCGACAGGGAUAUGGACUGAGCGAGUCGACUCUAAGUUUGUUGGUUCAAAACGAUAUUGCCUGCAAGCCGGGCAGUGUGGGUGGUCUUAAAACGGGCCUUUAUGCCAAAGUUAUCGAUCCGGAAACAGGAAGAACACUUGGUCCUAAUCAACGUGGGGAAUUGUGCUUUAAGGGCGGUUGCAUUAUGAAGGGCUAUAUUGGUGAUCCAAAGUCUACGCAGUCAGUGAUAAAAGAUGGUUGGCUGCAUACGGGUGACAUCGGUUAUUUCGAUGAUGAUUUUGAAUUUUUCAUUGUGGAUCGAAUUAAGGAGUUAAUUAAGUACAAAGGCUUCCAAGUACCUCCAGCUGAAAUUGAGGCUGUGCUCUUGGCACAUCCGAAAAUUAAGGAUGCGGCUGUUAUUGGAAAACCAGAUGAAGAAGCUGGCGAAUUAGCAAUGGCAUUUGUUGUAAAACAGCCUAAUGUGGAACUAAGUGAAGAUGAAGUGAUAACAUUUGUAGCAGAUCGUGCGUCACCAGCGAAACGUUUACGUGGUGGUGUAAUUUUUGUGGAUGAUAUUCCGAAAAACCCCAGUGGCAAAAUAUUGCGCCGAGUGUUAAGAGAUAUUUUGAAGAAGCGGCUAUCAAAACUAUAAAUUAGCAAUGUAUAAAGAUUCCGCAAAUUCCAUCGUCAGUAUGACAAGAUUUUAGAAAGUUAACAUUUAUGAGCGAUUUACUUUAAUAGUGUCAUAACCAUGUUAAAAACGUUAAUAAUUAAUUAAUAAUUAAUUUUAGUGUCGUGUUUUUGAAAGAAAAACUCUCGCUCACUCUAAUUUUAUCAAUGACACUCGCACCAUAUUUCUAAAAACCAAAACAGUGAUAUACCUUUUCCAAAUUUCUUUGCAAGUUUUAAGAAAAUUUUUAGUAGUGAAAUUUUUACUCUUUAAAUUUGAAGAAAGGUUUGUUCUUCAUUCGCUAACAAGAAGCAAUCGAUCAAUAACCGCGAAAGAUAAGUAAGCGCCAAAUGUUUUGAUUUGGCGUCUUUUUAUCAAAAUUAUAUAUUUUUUCCACAAACAAAUAUUUUCUUCAUAUCCUUAAAAAAAA